AAAAUGUAAAAACUUUUGAUUUCCAAACUUCGCGAAAUUCUGCCGCUAAAAAGUUGUACUUUCUAUUUUUCGGUGUAUUUAACAAUAUUUUUGUAAAAGUGAACUCAUUAUUUGUACUUAUUCACCUCCUAUAUCGUUGAAAUCAUGGUUGACGCAGACGAAAUAGAUAUUGACGAUUACGCAGGACAAGUUGUGCUGUAUCUUCUGUCACAGCAAUGCAAAAACUCGACGGUCAAGAAACCCGAACUAAUCAAAGCUGUCUUGCCAGACUUAGGUCGUAAAAAUAUCAAAGCAAUUUUUGACGAAGCUAAGAAUAGCUUGAAGAAAAUCCAUGGAGCGAACUUAAUCGAAUUGGAGGAAAGUACCAAACAACUUAUGCUCGUGAACGCAGUUCCCACCGAUCCCCCUUUGAACUGGAGCGAUGAAAUUAGAAAACAACAGGCUAUACUUCUACCGGUCUUAUCUCUUAUAUUCAUGAGCGGAGGUUCGGCUCCUGAAAACGACGUUAAAACCUUGCUGAGGAAAUUGAGGAUUAUCAAUGACAAUGAGCUUUCUUACGAUAGUGAAGAAUUCGGUGAUGUUGAAAAGAUACUAAAAAAUGUUUUAGUUAGUCAACGUUACCUGAAUUAUGGCACUACCAAGCCCCGAAACGCAGCAGAAAAAGAUGUUCCGAUCAGUGUUUUUACUUGGGGUAUUAGAUCCGAAUUAGAAAUCAGCAAGGAGAAAAUACUGAAGUUCGUCAGCGAUGUGUAUGGAGUGGAUGUUACCAACUGGCCCGAUCAGUUGGCGUCGUUAAACAGAUAGAGCGAAUAUCUACGUACCCAUAGAAAUUGAGAUUCAUGACCAGCAAUUAUGGAAUUGUUGUCGAAAGUGCGUUUACACUCUUCUCUUCUCUUCAAAUCACUAGAUAAUCGACCGCAGGAUCAGAGCUUCGGACUUCAUCUUCCUGAUUCUAAUUCAAAUAUCAGCAUACCUGUAGUGAUUGCGAUUCAUGACCAGCAAUUAUGGAAUUGUUGUCGAAAAUACGCUUACACUCUUCUCUUCUCUUCACAUUACUGGAUAAUCGAGUAAAAACAGCUGCAACCAAAGACAAAUAACGUAAUCGAAUAAUUUCUUUUAUAACUGGUAUUGAUAAGAUACACUCUAGAGUUAUUAAUUUAUUUCUCAAUUUAUUAAUUAUUCAAUUUUUAACGAUGAAUGAUUGACACCGUAUGUAUCAAUCCAAUUUUUUCCUAAUUUUACUUAUAAAAAUUACGAUCGACACACGCAUGUAAGAUCCGUCUUUUACUUUAGAAUUACUUUUAAAAUGAAUGAUUGACAUCUAUAUGCCAUAAUCGAGAAUUUUUUUUACUCAAAAUUAAUCUAUUUUUUAUUCGGAAUGAUUAACAUUUACCUGCAAUUGUCCAUAUUGCUCUGUUAGGGAAAUCCAAAUUUGACUUCGAUGGCAGGACUUUGAUCAUUCCUCCAUUCUAAUAGCGUCGCGUAGUUUGAAAAUUGAGAUCUUUUUUCACCACCUAAGAACAAAUUUUUCCAAUUUUUUCAAUAUUUUUUUUGUAGUUUUUCUAAAUUUUUUUUUACAAAAAACAGAGUGACAUAAAAUUUAUUUUUCAUAAAAUAGUCGAAUAUUACUUAUCAUAGGAUAGUAAUUCUUCAUAUCUCGCCUUUGAUUUUGAUUUUUUUGAAUUCUUCUUUUGAUUUUGGAAUCUUCAAGGUCACUUCUGUGAACAGAAAAACAAAAUCACUCGAGUUAAAAUUCUAAAAAUGUUGCAGAAUCGUGUAAAAAUAUAGAAUAGGGAUACUUACUUCUUCUUUACCGGAUCAGUCUUGAUAUCUGCAACAAAAAACAUACACAAAUUUAAAAAAUGUAGGUCUUAAUAAAAACUUAUACUUACGAUGACGAUACCAUACCUUCUACCGUCUGCUUAAUUUAAAACCUGAAAUAGAAAUUUACCCUUCAUAGGAAAAACCCAAAAUUAAUAGGCUCAAAAUUUUGAUAUUUUUUUUAUGCCAAAAUUAAGAAGAGAGCAUUUGAUUUUGAGCUCCAAAUAGAUUUUGCCUCAAAUUUUCUAGUCGAAAGUUCUAAAUUUUUUCUGCUACUGACAUAGGUGUCUAUAGCCUUAAUCAUCUCUUGGUGUUGUCAAAGUGUUUGGCGUACGCUCUGGUUAUUGUACCUUCGCUGACUUAGUAAUUUCUUGAAAUUCUUCACAAGCGUUGGAUCAUUGCUAGAGAUGCAAAAAACACUUUCUCUAUUCAUACACCUCAUUCUCCCACCCUCCGAUCCGGCCCUUUUGGCAAAUGUUUACUGUAAUGAAAUUGAUUACAGCGAAAUAGUCUGCAGAUCAUCGCGGCAAAUUACGGAGGGGCAUAGGGUCACUCCCCUCAGAUGGGGGGUGAGUGGCGGGGUUCAGGUGUGCGUUGGAGGCACUUUGCUCUAUGGUUUUUGGAGUCCGUAUUUUACCUCGGUGCUCUACCCCGUAGCUAAACCUACGAAGGGGCAUAUGAUAUAGGGCAUACUGCCUCCAUCGCCUAAAGGGGGAUGAUUUUGUGAACCCCUUAAACUGAUAAGUUUGGGAACGUGUUAUUUACGAAGGGUAAAAUACUCUAAAUAGUUAGCAAUUUGUCAUCAAGUAAAUGACAGAUUUAUGAUGACAAGUUAGGUCUUUUUAUCGAGCUCGCGCCGCGAGCUUAUUAUUUAAAAUAGGGAAAAAUGCCGACAAAGAUCUUAGCCUUUGGUCACGUGACUAUCUUAAAAAAUUAUAUAUACAAGUAGUCCGCGGCAUUUUCUCCACUUAGUUCCGUUUCCUGCAGUAAGAUGGUUCUUCGUCAUUUAGUAAUAAGUUUUUAUUUGUUAACACCUCGCGUGUGAAAUUUAUUUAAUUUGAUUUAUACGAUCAAUUGAUCCGAUGAUCAAUUGUAUUGGCGUUCUUUUCGGUAGUUUGAGGUGUAACUGGUCACCUGUAAAUUACGCGAAGUGUUACGUGAAAUCUCGUUUAGUUAAGGUGCCAUCGUCGUCCUUAGUGUUGGUAGGACCCAUGAUAGAGAUGGUCAAUAUGGACAGUUUUCAGGUAAAUGUUAAAGCGCAUUUAUCAUCAAGGUAAUUGGCUUAUUACUAAUUAUUGUAAUAGGUAGGUAUGUGGAAUCGGAGAAUUCCAUACCUACCUAAUAUUUUAUCAAUGGUGUUUUGCAUGACUUCAUCGUGUAUUUUGUGUAUAGGUUUCUUAUUUUUCUACUCGUGAGCAUUCCCUAAAUAGGAGGAAUGCUACGAGGAAAUUAAUUAAGUGCACUCGGUACUAGUUAUAAAUUAUGCAUUAUACUUCCUUAUGACAGAUCGUAGUAGACGUAGGCUACCGAUUGGUAGAACCAAGGUCCUAUGUAUAAAUACGUUAUAAUAAAUUCUUUAAAUUGUAAUGUAGGUUUUAUUCAUUUCAACGUUCAUUACAUAGAUUUUUGCGUAGUUAAGUCAGGUUAUUGGUUAGAUAGAGAGUCUUGAGCUAUCCAGGCAAAAUAGGGAAAUAUUCACCUCCUAAGGUGAUAUUUCUAAAACUCACUAGCAUAGGAAAACAAAUAUUUCCUCCUCUCCUUCUACUCAGUAAUUCCUGGUCUAACUAUGUCAAAGUCGCUUAUCUUCUAGAAAUUGCCAAAAAGUAUCACUUUUUUGCCAAUGAUUCCCAAAAAGUCCUGAAUUUUGCUGAAAUUGUCAAUCUUGUUUUUUUUUCACUUUUCUAAAAUUCUCCCCUUUUAGCAAAAUUGUCGUCUGGUUGGAAAAAUUGCAAAAAUUAUCUCUUUGUUGCCGAAGAUUGCCCAAAAAUCUCGCUUUUUCAAGAAAAAGUGUUGAAUCAGUUUAUAACUUUUUAAUAUGAGAAACCAGAAAAUUUCAAUUUGUAGUUAAUGUUCUGCUUUUUCGGUAUAAAAAAUUAAUGUUUUGCUCGCGUUUUAUCAUUAUCACUUUUUUGGUUACAUUGUGGUUAUUUUUUUUGAGCUUUUCUUGUUACUAAAGUUACUUUUCGAGCUUUUUUGGUUACUAAAGUUAAAUUUUUUUGGAAAAAUUCAUAAUAAGACUUGAACUUUUUGUGAGCAAAGAAAAAUUGUAUUUCAAUGCUGCUAAAUUUUUUCAACAUUUUUUAGACACCUUACAAUCAUUUUAAAGCUCGAAAAUUUAACUCAUCAUCUGUAGCUUAUUUUUCAACUUUCAGGUCAUUUCACCCCCUUUCUUUCUUUCAACUCAUCUCAAGGUCCAAAUAUCAAUCGUUACCUUAAUGCCAAAUCCGAGUAUGUCCAUCCAAAAAAACAUCGUCGUUUUGCGUCACUGAUAAGACUCUGGGAAGCCCUGAAUUGAAAAAUUUGCAUCUGAGUACAGUUAAAAUGCACCACCGAAGAUGCACGAAGCUGACCGAUGUUCAAUCAGAACUCAACGAACCCUUCCGAGCAUAUCCGAACCUUAUCAGUGAUGCGUAAAAUCGUACUUUUUUUGUAUGGACGUACUCGGAUUUGGCUUUAAGGUAACAAAUUUUACUCUGAUCAAAAAAAUUAUCGAAGACAAAUUUUGAUGUACUUUUUUGUUUUCUGGUCGAAAAAGUUGGUGCAAUUCCAAAUUAUUUCAAAUUAAAAUUCUUUAUUGUAGUCUGACAUAGUUAAUUCAUGCGCACCUGGGUAGAGGGAGAGAAGGAUAGAUUUAUGUAUUUUCCUAUGCUAGUGAGUUUUAGAAAUAUCACCUUAAGGGUGAAUAUUUCCCUAUUUGCCUGGAUAGCUCAAGACUCUCUAUCUAACCAAAAACGUGACUUAACUACGCAAAAACUAUGUAAUGAACGUUGAAAUGAAAACAACCUACAUUACAAUUUAAAGAAUUUAUUAUAACGUAUUUAUACAUAGGACAUCGGUUCUACCUAUUAGUAGCCUAAAUCUACUACGAUCCAUCAUAAGGAAGUGAAAUGCAUAAUUUAUAACUAGUACUAGAUGCACUUAAUUAAUUUCCUCGUAGCAAUCCUCCUAUUUAGGGAUUGCUCACGAGUAGAAAAAUAAGAAACCUAUACAUAAAAUACACGAUGAAUUCAUGCAAAACACCAUUGAUAAAAUAUUAGGUAGGCAUAGAAUUCUCUGAUUCCAUAUACUUACCUAUAACAAUAAUUAGUAAUAAGCCAAUUUACCUUGAUGAUAAAUGCGCUUUAACAUUUACCUGAAAACUGUCCACAUUGACCAUCUCUAUCAGUUGUCCUACUAGAGUCGGUGCAAUUUAUUUAGGCGGCUGAGCGUUCAAAAUCACAAAAGCGGGAACCAACGAGAAGCUCUGUUGAAAUUUUAGGCUGCUGACUCGGGGCCCUUGUUGGUUUCCACUUACGAAGUUGCGCGCGCACACCCGCCUAAAUAAAUUGCAUGGACUCUAAUACUAAGGACUUCGAUGGCACCUUAACUAAACGAGAUUUCACGUAACACUUUGCAUAAUUUACAGGUGUCCGGAUACACCUCAAACUACCGAAAAGAACUCCAAUAUAAUUGAUCAUCAAUUAAUUGUAUAAAUCAAAUUAUAUAAAUUUCACAUGCGAGGUGUUAACAAAUAAAAACUUAUUACUUACUAGGAUGACGAAGAACCAUCUUACUGCAGGAAACGGAACUAAGUGGAGAAAAUGCCGCAGACAACUUCUAUACUUAUAUAAUAUUUUGGGGUAGUCACGUGACCAAAGGCUAAGAUCUUUGUCGGCAUUUUUCCCUAUUUAAAUAAUCGACUCGCGGCUGCGAGCUCGAUACAAAGACCUAACUGUCAUCAUAAAUAUGUCAUCUCAAUUAAUGACAAAUUACUGUCUAUUUACCCUUUGUAAAGAACAUGUUACCAAACUUUUCAGUUUAAGGGGUUCACAAAAUCAUCCCCCUGUAGGCGAUGGAGGCAGUAUGCCCUAUAUCAAGUCGACAGCUUUCGCUGUAUUACAAUGUCAGGGCAGUACAAACAAAAAUUUAGAAAUGAAAGGAUUAAUUUUCAACAUUUUCAAAACGUUUAACCUUCUUCUACACCUCUUUACUUUUUUCUGUGAUGAAUUUGACCUUGCCCAUGGUAAAGAUGAAAAAAAGUUGAGAAAUUUAUGAAAAUUUUGUUUAAAAAGACCAUUUUUUUGUAUACUCAGCAUGAGAUUUUAACCCUUUUCGAUGUGUCAUACCGCUAAUUAAGAGAAAAAAUUGCAAAGUUAGGUUUUGAGGGGAUUAAAGCGAGGAGAGAGGAUGAAAAACAAGAGCAGUCACAAUUUUUGGUCUCAGUGUGAAAUUUUGACUUAUUUUGAUGAGUCAUACGACUUUAGGAGAAAAAAAAUCGCGCAAUGAAAUUUAGGAGAGCUAAAGCGGCGGCGGGAGAGGGGUGCUACACAAAAACAGACACCUUUUUUAGACUCAGUGUGAAAUUCCAACCUUCUUUGAUGUAUCAUAAGUAUAACUUGAUUUGAGUGAAAAAAUUCAAAGAUAAAAUUGAGGGAAAUAGAUGCUUGAGUAAGAUUAUAAGUAACUUGAUUGCGCCAAGUUGUGCUGGUCAAUUUCGACGAAUUUGACGAUUUUCGAUGAGUUAUGAUGUAAUUUGUCAAAAUAUGAAAAAAAAUAAGUGUCCUCUUCUCAUUUUCACGAAAAAAAACAUGAAAUGCUUGGAUUCUAGACUAUCUGCAAUGAGCUACAAUAAAUUGUUCAUCAAUCAUCUUUGACAUUAGUUUCCUCGUGAUAUCAGUUUUAUCAAUUCUUCCCUUCUCCAGUUUUAGCUUCCCCUCCUCCUCCUCCUCCCUCUCUUUGUCAUCUCUUCGAUUUCAAAACAUCACCGUCUUAUGAAAUAUCCAACCCAUAAAAAAAAAUCAGUACAACAAUAACAACACAAACAUAUUUUUUUUCUGUCAUUCGUUAUAAUGAUGCACAUAAUUUUCGCUAUGAUGUCUCACGUUUACCGUACUGUAUAGGUACAUGCAUUACACUAAAACACUAUAAAAAACGAGCGACGAAUAAAUUAAACUCGUUAAAUUACUCGGUCGAAUAAUUUCUCAGUUUAUUAAAUUAAUCUAAUCACGUCGACAAUCAUACAUACAUAAGGUAAUUAACAUGUACAAAUAAUAAAAAAAGUAUGUAGGCAGCGGAUAGUUGUAAUAAUCUCGCGCAAACCUAGUAAACCUACCAACCACUCCAUCAGUUUUAUUGUUUAUUUACCAAUUGUAUAAUACAUUAGGCACACUGUUAUACAACCUCGUAUACCAUUAUUUUAAUGAAGAAGAAUUUCGCCAAUGUACAAUUUUACGAUUUGCGUAGACGUAGGUAAGAAGUAAUAGGCACUAAAUUUACGUAAAUACAUACGUAGUUGUAAUGAAGAUCGAUUAAUUUUUAAGUACUACUCAGCGAAUAUCUACUGAUAAAUGGUAAGCUGACUAGAGUAGAUAACAACAACACGGUCCACGUGUUGAUGGCGUACAAUGUAGGAGCAGAAUUAUGCUGUUCUGGUUUAGGUGCAGGAUGAUCUGGCGCCGCUGGGGUGAUUUGGUCUUGAGGAGGUGCAGGUGGCUGAGGUGGGUCUACGAUCGCUGUCUCGUCUGGUAUUGGUAUAUUAGCUGCGUGAGCUUCGGCUAUUGGGAUAAAGCUUUGUUCGUAAGUGCCACUGAAGAUGUGAGCCCAUGGA